GAAGCUCCAAAAAGCACAUUAAGGCAGCGUAAAAGUAAUCCAAAAGACUCCAGUGGUUAAAUCCAUAUCUUCUGAAGCGAUCUAAUUGAUUUUGGGUGAGAACAGACCAAAAUAUAACUCUUUUCUCACUCUAAAUCUUGACAUCAUCAGUCUCCUUGGUGAUCAUGAUUUCAGGCUCAAUUACACUUCCUAGCACCAUCUACCGUUCCGUGCAUGCGUCAAGUACUUCAGAAGACAUGGAUUUAACCACUGGAGUCGGAUGUAUUACUUUGAGCUUUUUUGAGCUUCAAAGUUUUGGUCACCAUUCACUUGCAUUGUAAGGAACUACAGAGCUGAGAUAUUCUUCUAAAAAUCUAUGUAUUCUGCAGAAGAAAGUAAGUCAUACAUAUCUGAGAUGGCAUGAGGGUGAGUAAAUGAUGAGAAUUUUCAUUUUGGGGUGAACGAUUCUUUUUAUGUGUGUGGACUGCAUUUGUGGCAUUCUGUCAUUGCCCCAGGCAAUAAUUAUUUUUUAAAAUAUUAUAAAAAUAAUUUUGAAUGCAUUAUUUUGAACGAUGUGCAUUACUUGACCAUUAUUAGUGGUAGCAAAUUAUUGUGAAGCAUUCUGUGAGUAUAACUAAGAUUUGCAUUAACAUGAAAUAUCAAGUGAUGGUUAGAAGGCAGACAAGUCUGAGUUCUCCAGAUUUGGACAUGAAUAGAGUGAAUAACCAAUUUCUCAAUUUUAAGUGCCUUAAAAAUAAUAGUGGAUACAUUUACAUUUAUUUAACAUCCUUAAAUCUUGCUUUUCUUAUUUUUAGUUUUCCUUUUAAUUUAUAUAGGCUAUUAAUAGUAUAAUUUUCAGUUCCUGUGUCUGUGAUUGUCAUAUGUACUCAUAUGCAGUAAGCUCGCAGAGGAAGUGCAUAGCCCAGCUCUACCAACAGGCUACGUGAAGGCUAGAGGAAAUAACAGUCGGAACGGGAUUAUUGUAAUAAUGAAUGCAUCACAUGAAAUUCAAAGGGCAUGUUAGCAGAAAGCACCACAUUUCGACGUUUUAGUGCGAAAAAGCAUGCACAAGCUGUAUUGAUUUGCUGCAUCGGUCAAAGGAGCUGUCCACCAUGAGGUGCUGAAGCGGCGGCCUUGGAAAACGAUGGCAACGGGGAAGUGGCUUUUGUACACGGGUCUCUGUCUGUCCCUCGUCGCCUUGUGUUUCCUGACAGUCGCAAUCUCAUCGGAUCACUGGUACGAGACGGACGCGAGAAGAUACAAGGAGCGCUGCAGCACUUUCUCGAACCGCAGGAGCGACCCAGGUUUCAUUUACAUCCCCAACCACAGCCUUCCACUGCGAUCCAGCCGAGCGAGCCUGGACCGAUGGGAGAACCGACUGCUGCUGUCUAGAAACCGGCGACAGCUGUUCGCGAUGAGUACGGCGGACGAGUGCAGCAGACGCUACAAUUCCACCAACAUGGGGCUGUGGAGCAAAUGCUAUAGACGAGGAUUUGACCCAGACAUCGAAGAGCUCGUUCAGAAAGGAAAAAUUGAGCGUUGUUCAUUUAUAAGGUACUUUUACUCAUCCUCUGUAGCAGUGCGAAAGGAUCUUUUCUACAACAUCACCAAGACCAUUCAACAAGAUGAUUGGCAUGCUCUGCAUUUGCGUCGGAUGACAGCUGGCUUCAUGGGCAUGGCUCUAUCCAUCAUUCUUUUUGGCUGGACCAUUGGUGUAUUGGGCUGUUGCUGGGAGCAAGGCCUCAUGCAUUAUGUUGCUGGUCUGCUUUUCCUUAUGGGAGGUACCUUCUGCAUCAUCUCGCUUUGCACCUGCGUGGCUGGCAUCAACUUCGAACUAUCUCGCUACCCACGUUAUCUGUUUGGCCUUCCAGAUGACAUAAGCCAUGGGUAUGGCUGGUCCAUGUUCAGUGCCUGGGGAGGGCUGGGACUAACCCUCAUAGCUGGGUUUUUCUGCACUCUGGCACCAUCGAUUCAGCCUCCACCACCAACCCGUACUUCCUGUCCCAAGUCUCGCAUGGAGAAUGGAACAGUGUGCUAAAGCUUCGAGUAUCUGGACACUUGGUACAUUGGCAUUAACUGCUGUUCAUAGACUUCUUCAUGGGAAGGAAGAGCAUUGAGGCUGAUUAAAGACUAUUAAACAUGGAAGGACAUACAUUGUGAAGGUGACAAGCCUUGACUGUUGGGUAUUUUUAAUAUUGGAUGGAUCUCUGUUAUACAGUUGAAGUCAGAAGUUUACAUACACCUUAGCCAAAUACAUUUAAACUCAGUUUUUCACAAUUCCUGACAUUUAAUUGUUGAAAUAUUCCAUCUUAGGUCAGUUAGGAUCACUACUUUAUUUUAAGAAUGUGAGUUGUCAGAAUAAUAGUAGAGAGAAAAAGGGUAAGGCUUGCAAGCCGAAGAACACCAUCCCAACCGUGAAGCAUGGGGGUGGCAGCAUCAUGUUGUGGGGGUGCUUUGAUGCAGGAGGGACUGGUGCACUUCACAAAAUAGAUGGCAUCAUGAGGAAGGAAAAUUAUGUGGAUAUAUUGAAGCAACAUCUCGAGACAUCAGCCAGGAAGUUAAAGCUUGGUUGCAAAUGGGUCUUCCAAAUGGACAAUGACCCCAAGUAUACUGCCAAAGUUGUGGCAAAAUGGCUUAAGGACAACAAAGUCAAGGUAUUGGAGUGGCCAUCAAAGCCCGGACCUCAAUCCAUAGAAAAUUUGUGGGCAGAACUGAAAAAGUGUGUGCGAGCAAGGAGGCCUUCAAACCUGACUCCGUUACACCAGUUCUGUCUGGAGGAAUGGGCCAAAAUUCCAGCAACUUAUUGUGAGAAGCUUGUGGAAGGCUACCCAAAAUAUUUGACCCAAGUUAAACAAUUUAAAGGCAAAGCUACCAAAUACUAACAAAGUGUAUGUAAACUUCUUACCCACUGGGGAUGUGAUGAAAUAAAUAAAAGCUGAAAUAAAUAAUUCGCCCUACUUUUAUUUUGACAUUUCAUUCUUUAAAGUAGUGAUCAUAACUGAUCCAAGACAGGGAAUGUUUUCUACGAUUAAAUGUCAGGAAUUGUGAAAAACUGGGUUUACAUGUAUUUGGCUAAGGUGUAUGUAAAAUUCUGACUUCAACUGUAAAAGCACACUUGUACAGUUAUAUAGAAGUGGUGUUCGUCUCUGUGUUCAGUAGCCCCUUUAUUCCCUUGAGCGUGUUAGAAUUACGACAAAUUCACACUUUCAAAAACUUUUCAUGUAAAUAUUUACUAUAAAUUUCAUUACGUGCUG